AUGGCACUUGACGCUAACGCAACGUCAGUAGAACCUACUGGCAUUGGGCGUUCGCUUCUUAUUGUUACUAUAAUUUUCCUGAUCAUAACUACGAUUAUCAUUGCCUCAAGAUGUUGGGUUCGUCUACGAUACAAGACGUUUGGCGUGGACGAUGGUCUUAUGCUUUUCGGCUGGAUGCUGUACGUGGGCGUCAGCUGCAUCGUGGCACGUAGCACCUAUGCUGGUCUCGGCACUAAGGAUACUGAUCUGAAUGCUUAUCUCCAAAACGAUGGCCGAAAGUUUCUGUGGUUUUUCCAAGUCACGUACUGUAUCUCAUUGCUAUUCCUCAAAAGCUCGAUCUGCGUUACUCUUCUUCGCAUUGCUGUUGUCCAGACCCACCGUAUUAUCAUUUGGUGUACUCUUGCAUUUGCGUUGCUUUCUAUUACUGCUGUUAUUAUUGGGCUUUUCGUUAUUUGCCGUCCAAUAUCUACUGCGUGGGGUCAUGUGGGGACAUGCGCUCCGCCAAUUGUCAUUGCAAGUCUUGGAUAUCUUGUGUCAACUGGUGCGGUUGUCACUGACUUUAUCUGUGCUAUUUUACCUAUAUUUAUGCUAUACCACACGAACAUGAAGUUGGCAACCAAAGUCUCACUUGCGGCUAUCCUUGGUCUGGCUGCUUUGGCAUCACUUUGCACAAUCGUCCGACUUCCCUAUGUUAAGUACUACAUUAUCAUCCCUGAUUAUCUUUAUAACGUAACACAUAUCGUCAUCUGGUCCAUCCUCGAGUCUGGAAUCGGAAUUGUGGCCGGUUCGCUUCCCUCACUACGUCAGUUGGUUAACCGCCGCUUCCAAUUCGAUAGCAAUUCAGAAAGUUCUCCUGCCCAGAAUACACCGUUCUCAGGUGCCUACCGAGCGACUAUUACAUCGCAAUCAGUGCCACGGAGCAGAUCAGCAGGUCUUGGCGAAGGAGAUGGUGAUUGGGAGGAACUUGAUGAUAGCUCAUCCAGAAAGAAGAUCUAUGUCAAUGUAGACGUAGAGAUGCAAACAUUCGAUCGAGCAACUACAUCUGGGGGACCCCAUAGGUCUACCGAAGACCUUGUUCGAUGA